UCGUGAAGAUAUCAAAGAUGCUAGUACUUUAAUACGAAAAUGUUUUAAUAUAGACUAUUAUCAAACGAUCUCUGAAUUUGAGACAUAUAAAACCAGUGGUAAUGAUAUUGAUGAUGAGAUUACUGAAGCGUUAGCUCAUACUUGUCAUAAAUUAGAGCAUUUUAAGCUAGAUGUCGAUUAUAUUGACAUUGAGAAAGAAUCUGCCAAUUUAUAUAGCAUAGACUUAACUCAAGAAAAAGAAAAGUUUGAUUUUUCUAAAGAGGAAUUAGAAAAAGUUACAAAGAUUUCUAACAAAAAAAAAGUUGCUAUUAAACGAAAAUUAGAUUUUUUAGAUAAAUCAAAUUGUACUUGGAAAGAUCAUGAAAUUGAUCUUUUAAUUCAACAUAUUACUGAUAAUUUGAUAAAUAUAAAAGAGGAAAUAAAAUGA